AUGUCAGCCCCCUCCUGUCUUCCACCAUUCGACAGUUUAGCUGCCCAAGUCGGCAUGUUUGAACUCUCUAACAUACUAACACAUGCCAAAUGGCUAGAAUUUUUCAUAAGGCUCACACCAACGGAGAAACUCCGGACUGAAUUAUAUCUCCUGCACUUCAUACUCAAAGGUCGGGUGUAUCUCGGUGACAUCUGGCAAAUAGUCACAGGAUGUAUGUUGGAAGCGCAGAAGGAGGAAUCAUUGCGAAGUACUGCUGGGGAUAAUACAAACCGCUGGAGCAUAGAACGAGAUUACAUGGAAGAGAAGAGAGACCGCUGUCAGCUGGAAGUGUCUCUGUGCAGCCAGGCCAUUGAUCAUAUACAGCAGCACUGGGCUAUAUCAACUUCACAAUGCAUCACCGAACCUGCAGCCACCUAUUCGGGAGCUGCGCGAAUCAAGUGUGAAACUUGGUUAAGGAGACAAAAAACUGACCCCAUCCCACCUAAAGAAAUUACUUUGAUCGAAAGUAGCUUGCCCCUUCUCGGCUCUCCUUUAACUAUUGGUCAGUUUGCUCUUGUGCACCUGGAACAGCGAACGUUGGUGACUGUGAAUUACGAUGACCCAUCGUUCAGCCUGCAAAGUACAUGGGUUACGAUGUGCCUCCAAGAGGCCUUCCAAGAGGCCCACAAAGUGGAAUUAUCCACGCAGGCGGGACUCAUGUCAACGUACCUUGACCUAGGAGGAUACCAUACUCACCAUCGCAAUGCUCAAUCGGAGCUAUUCUUCUUGCGAGCAAAGAUGCGCCAUGCCCAAGCUGAGGCAGCUGUUUAUACACUGGCCCUUGAAAAUUCCCCUGCAUCAACCUACUCUGACAGUGAUAUAGACUCGUCACAACGCCCAGCUCUGCCGCAGCAUCUACCAGAGGAAGUGCGUCGCUACAUGGAGUGCAUGGAUGACGAAUCAAUCGACACUCGCACCAAUUCUGACUUAUGCUCAGGUGUAGGAAUACUUCCAUGGCCCAAGGAGUAUGGGCCAGAGGACCUUGUUGUAAGUACAUUUACUGUUUUGUCAAGAGUAGACUCAAACACUGAGAUAAGCGCACAGCGCAUUGACUGCAAACUGCCAAGCACACUGAAAGGGAGCAGGUGGAUUUCAGGUGGAGCUCGUGCAGAACAGGGCUUGUGCACGUGCAAAUUGUUUCCGCAGGAUUUAACUUAA